AUGGAGGUCGACCGCAGCCCCGCGCAGCGCACCUCGCGCAAACAUCACCGCACCAGUGACGACGACGCCAACUACGACUGGGGAUCAGAUUCCAGUGGACAGUUUGACGAUGCUGAUGAAGUUGACCCUGAAGACUACCGUUCUCCCGCCGGCAAUACCGCCAAAAGACGACGCUCCAACGAUUGGCCCCUGCCCGAAGAAGCCGCAGACUACGGUACCAGUGAACGCCGCACUCAGCGCAGCGGAACUGGUCACUUGAGCGUCAGCAGCAUUGGCACACCCUCUCGAGUCUCGCCGCGGGCCUCGCCCCGCGCAUCUCCUCGUGGCUCGCUUGCAUCGCUGCGCGCACGACAUGCCGCGGCAUCCUCAUCAAGCCCCCGUCAUCUCAGAGGCCGCACAUCACGAUUCGUCGAAGCAACUAUGAGUGAUAGUGUCAGCGAAAAGCCACCCAGCAUUUACUUCCGCGACCGUGAGAACAAGCCGGGUAAUCCAAACCGGUCCUCUGGUAUCUUCCGCUUUGGCAAGGCCAUUGCCUCCGCGUUCAAUCCGUUCGGCGGGUGGAACAAGCAUGAAGGAUCGCCGACUAAGUCACCGCAGAAAGAUGUCAUCAAUCAAGCCGAGCAAGCUUAUGCUGAGCUGAAGAAGGCUGGGUACAAGGGCACGAACAAAGGACAUUACAUUCAGACACAUGGUGUCGAUUGCGCUGCUGCAGACAAGACCUGGCAGUCUAUCCAAGAUAAGAUGGAGCACAGCUCUCCAAUCAAGGACGUGCGGCGCAGCUCGAUUGAUCGCGGCGUACACUCGCGCUCUAAUUCUGGGGCUUCAAAGCGAUCCUCUCUUCAGGAUCUUCGCCUGCCAAAGUCGUUGUUCCACAAGACUCAUGAGUCCCCGUCUGCCUCUCAAGCUACAAUCUACUGUGAUAGGACUUCCGAAGAAUCCGAGACUGGGCUUCGCAAGCAGCCUUCGCGCAAGGAACUCUCUCGACAGACCAAGCUGCUCAAGAAGGUCAGCAAUCUUGAAGACAAGCUGGACCGCGCUCGACGGGAACUGCGUGAGCUCACAGGCAAUGAAGCACCUGUCUUGGCACCCAUUCCCAUUCCUCAGCCAAACAUCGUCAACACAGAGAUUGACCCUGCCUCCUUCCCAAGGAAGUUCGUCCCCGGAGCCCUGCCAACUUUGCCGUCUGAACGUCUUUUGAACCAACAAGCAUACGAAGCAGAGGCAUCUGGAGCAAAUGUCGGAGGUCUCACUGCUUUACCAUCCAUGGGGGAUCGCGAGAGCUUCUCAUUUGAGGAAUCACGUCCCGCCCCAAGCCCGGCUGUGGCCAAACAUUCAAAGCGGCGCUCCAAAGAGACGUGGCCGUCGCCCCUGGGUAAGGACAGCCUUUCCCGUAAACGGAAGUCACCCAUUCAUGAACCUAUCGAUAGUCGAAAGCCUUCUCAGCCCAGUUCGACGGACUGCAUCGACGGCCUCGAAUACCCCGAAUUCGAAGACCUGAUCGACUUUGGUUUGCUCAGCCCACCCGGCAAGGCCAAAUGGCAGAAAUCCGACGCCGGCGAGAGUCCAGGCUCCGCGAAGCGCAGACAGACCACAGACCAGUCCCAGCUCGCCGAACCCAACACCAAAUCAGCCGAAGAAAGCGCAAGUGCACGCGGCAAAAGGUCUCUCUACAACUCACCCCAAAAACUCUCCGCCACCAACUGCUCACCAAGUCCCAAGCCCCCUCCGCACGGUGUCCUCUUGCGAAGGAGCGAUUCCAACCGCAAACUAGCAUCCUCGCCUCCAUUCGCCUCGGAAGAGCCUGCGGACUUUUGGACUUCUCCAGCCGCCUCACCCGACAAAUCCCAUAGCGACUUCUACCUCCAUUCUCAGCCCAAUCUUGAUCCUGAUCGUAGUCCUCGCACCCCCACGAGGUCAAAGACCAGUCCCAGUCGCUCGACCAGGCUCCGCCGUGACGACGAUAUCCCCCCCGUUCCACCCGUGCCGGAGGAAUUGCGAUCGAGUGCAGCUAAGGUUUAUCCUAAGUCACCUAGGAAGAGACCUGUUUCUGCUCCUGUUUAUUCGCCAACUGCUCCUUCGACGGACUCCAUGAUUCUUGGUGUUGAGAAUUAUCAGUGGCCGGAUGAUAUCUUUUAA